GUCUCUGAGCGAACGGUCUUCACCGUAGACGAUCUUUGAGCUCACCUGUCGCUAGGAUACGUUGCCCUCCUCUGCUGCCACGCCAUUGGAGGACGAGUGACGGGGGAAGUGCUGCUCCGCUGGAAGUUUGUUACCUUCGUUUAAACUUUAGACGAUUCAAGUCUGAAACAGAGCAGUCGCUGAGUUGGAACUUUUCUAGGCGGUCCGUCGUUUCAAAGGUGACUUUAUUCCGUGAACUUCAGGAGUGUCGCGAUGGAGUUUGGUGAAGAGCCGUCACCCGCUCUGGCCUUCGAGAAGGACGCCUUUGAGCUCACCGUGGAAGAUGUGUACGACAUUUCCUACGUGAUCGGACGAGACCUGUUAAAAAUCAGCGGCGCCGGCGAGGAAGUGUCUGAUUUACAGUUCAGGAUCGUCCGAGUCCUGGAAAUGUUUGAGACGCUGGUGAACAAGUACAAUCUGUCGGUGGAGGAGCUGAAAAUGGAGCGGGACAACCUGAAGGCAGAGCUGGACAGGAUCAUCCGGGAGGGCUCGUCCUCCUCCGGACACAGCGGGCAAACCGUGGGAGCGAAUCAACUGGUGGUGGACCUGAGUGACCCCAACAGACCGCGCUUCACCAUGCAGGAGCUGAAGGAGGUUCUGCAGGAGAGGAACCAGCUGAAGGCUCAGCUCAUGGUGGCCCAGGAGGAGCUUCAGCUGUAUAAGAGUGGGAUUCUACCUCAAUCUGAACCCGCCAUGGUUGACGUGGACCUGGGUGUGCCACCAGCCACACAGGACAGUUCAUCCACAAUAAACGAAAAGACAACUAUAGGAAAACUGUUUUCAUUCAGGAGAAAAUGAGAGGAAUCCCUCAGACGAUCUGUUUUAGAGGCAAACAGGAUUUAUCUGCACAAUUUCUAACCACUUUUGUAAUUAUUGUUGUUUACAAAUGUCAGUCUAACAAUAUUUUGUAUCAUUUUUAAUCUAAUAUGAUUUGUAGUAUUACAAUACUGGAGAAGCUGAAUUAUUAACAUGUUUAGGUAACUGGAAAGUAUUAAGUUAGUCAUUCCCUGUUCAAGCAUUUUUAAAAAUGUAUUUUUGCUCAAAUAAGUUUGGUCUUAAAUUAUGAAGUAAACAAAUAAAAUAUGGUCCCAUCCAGUCAAUCUUACCAAUAAAACAAUGCAGAUUAUAUUUUUUAUCCUGGAUUUUUGGGACCAUUUGCUAUUGAAGUGUUGUAAAUGUUUCAAAUUGUGAAGGAAUUAGAAAAAAAUACCAGACAUAAAGUGUGAUAUGAUUUUUGUUUUUACAAAUAAAAUAUGCAGAAUGGGUCA